AUGGUUUGGAUAAACGAGAAGCAGCUGGCAGGAGAUUCCGUAAGUGAGAGCAUCAUUUGCGAAAAGGCUCGUAAGAUCUACGAAGAAUUGAGUAAAAAUGAGCCAGGCACAUCAGCAGACAGUGAAAAAGACAGUUUUAAGGCGAGCCGUGGCUGGUUCGAGAAUUUUAAGAGAUGGACUGGCAUCCACAGUGUUGUUCGCCAUGGUGAGGCUGCAAGCUCAGAUACGAAGGCGGCAGAGGCUUACGUAAAAGAGUUUAAAAGGCUCGUGAAUUCCGAGAAAUACCUCUCCCAACAAGUCUUCAAUUGCGACGAGACAGGGUUAUUCUGGAAGAAGAUGCCCAGGAGGACGUUCAUUACGGCAGAAGAGAAGGCACUUCCCGGUCACAAGCCCAUGAAAGACCGUCUAACCCUACUGUUUUGUGCCAAUGCAAGCGGGGAUUGCAAGGUUAAGCCUCUCCUCGUGUAUCACUCGGAAAAUCCACGCGCCUUUAAGAAAAACAACGUGCAGAAGAAGCUGUUGCACGUUAUGUGGCGGUCUAAUACCAAGGCUUGGGUGACAAGGAUCUUGUUCGUCGAGUGGAUGAACGAGGUUUUUGGUCCCGAGGUGAAGAAGUAUCUCCGGGAGAAGGACCCGUCCCAUUCAAAGCUUACUUGUGAUGGACAAUGCUCCUGCCCAUCCUCCAUCCGUUGA